UGUGUCUGUGCUGGUACUCCGCAGUUCUAAGUUACCAGUGAUUCACCCAUAUUCCACAUUUUGUACUUCUAUCCGAGUUUACCAGCAUCAGGUUCAGGAGGUGUCUUGAGUAGCCAUCACAAAGUUCGAUGAUCUCAUCUACUCUACAGAGGCCGACAAACAAGCCUACAGACUAGGACAGUAGCCUACUGACAACAGGUCUACAUUUCAUUUGGCCUUGUGCAACGCUCAUGGACUGUAGGCUAUAACAACGGGGAUAAUAUUCUAGAAGGAUCCUGCAUUUAAGAUCAAGUUGGCUUGACCUAUAUUGUCUGUGCAUGGAGGGUAACCAGACACCAUGGAGAGUGCGUCGUCAUGGCUACAGCAGUACUACAAUGCCAUGUCCUGUGGCUUUGAGCGCCUCUAUGCCUCGGGUGCUCACUCCGACACAACCAUUAUUGUUGGAGAGAAGACUUUCCAAUGCCACAGGGUUGUCCUGUGUGCCAUCUCGCCCUAUUUUGAUGCUAUGUUCUCUUCUGGUAUGAGAGAAAGUGUGUCUGGAGUGGUCAAGAUAGAGGGUACAGAGAGUGUUGUCUUUGAAGCUAUCCUAGAGUACAUUUAUAAGGGUUUGGAUACCGUGACAGAUGAAAAUGCUGAGGCCAUUCUUAAAGCCGCUUGUCUACUUCAAAUGGAAUGUCUCCAGAAACGUUGCGAAGAGUUUAUAUGUAAGACGUUAUCGAUAGCUAAUUGUUUUGAACGAUGGAGGCUUGCCCUGUGGCAUUGCAGCCAACAUCUAAAGCAGCAGGCCUGGAAGUUUAUCAUGUCAAACUUUGUAAAGAUUUCGCAGCAGGAUUAUUUUGUGUCUUUGGAAAAAGACGAACUGAUUUCCAUUAUCAAGGAAGAUGAUUUGAACUGCCCAAGUGAGGAGUUUGUCAUAGAGACUGUUCUGAAGUGGGUGCAGCAUGAUCUGGAGGCCAGAGGUCAGCUCUUGGGUGAUAUCUUUCCUUACCUCCGCCUUCCAUUGACUAAGCCUCAAUUCUUAAUCGACAUCUUGAGGAAAUAUGCCUUUGUCAAAGAACACACAGAGUGCCACAUGUACAUUGACCAUGCCAAAAACUUUCAGCUUCUUCCAGCCCAUCGUCACGACAGCAGCAGUCCAGUCACAUCUUAUCGUACCACAUCACCGUUUGAAGACAUCUUGGUGGUCAUAUCAGGUGGUGAAUCGCCAAGACCCCCCUAUGUCCGCUCUAAAAAUGUUCUCGCUUUUGGAUUCAAUAGUCGGAAGUGGUAUCGUCUAGCUGCCUUACCGUACGACCCAGGCAUUGAGUUCGCGACUUGUGUUCACAGCAACGAUAUUUUUGUGACCGGUGGAGGUCUGUUCAAGGCCUGCUUCUUGCGCUACCGCUCUAAGAAGGAUAAGUGGUCGCAGUGUCGGGCAAAGCUAAAGAGUGGGCGUCGGCGUCAUGCAAUGGCUGCCUGUGGGAACAAGAUCUACGUGAUCGGUGGCUAUAACAGUGAGCUAGAACAGGGGACCAAAGUACAGAGCUCCAUUGAAGAGUUUGAGUUAGGGUGCAGUGAGUGGAAUGAGGUGGGAAAUCUGAUCACUCCGGUGAGCUCUAUCUCUGCCACGGCGACCAAGGACAAAAUUCUGGUGUUUGGUGGAGAGACCAACGACCGGACGGACACACCAUCAAUUCAGUGUUUCGACACACAGACGCACACCACCAGCAUCAUCGCUCAGCUACCCUUGGCCUGCAAGCUGACCCGCGCCACCGUUUGCAACAACUGCACCUACAUCAUCCUCUAUAACGGCAAGAUUGUGCAGUUUGAUCACAGGAAUGAUAAUGUCAAGGUGAUGGGCCACAUCCAGAACUUUGACUGUGUCCACUACGGGCUGGUUCACCGUCGUGGUUGUCUCCUCCUGCUGGGCGGUCAGCGCAUCAUCCCCGGCCCGACCCCUGUGCGUGCGCUAGUGGACACCAUGCUAUUGUACGACGUGCGCAACCAGCGAGUCAUCAUGCUCAAUGACAGAAUUCCUUCACCGCGACUCGUGGAUAGCUGCGCGAAGAUCACCAUCGAGAAAAAGUUCCUUGUGACGGAGUAUGUGGACCCGCCCCCAACCACGACAUGACGAAAGUCUCUACAUUGAUUUUUGUGCAACAGCAGGGUAUUUCGUUGAGGGUACAAAUGGCAAAUCACAUCGUGUCCUGUGUUGUUUUUUUGGACCUUGUGAACCAGGGUAAUUUGAAUUUGUAUGUACAGUUCACAUCGCAAAAAACAAAAUCCAUCUGAUCUAAUUAAUGAAAGAAGACUCAAAUUUUAGCCCACAGCACUUUUAUUUUAUUAUUAAUAGUGCAUGCUGGUUAAGGAUAUUUAUUGAGGACUCCCAGAUCGAUGUGGGUAAUGGGUUUAGAACAAUAAAAGCGGUAACUUAUUUGUUCCAGUUAUAAGA